GCGGGGGCAGAGCCGGGUGCGCUUUGCGACAGAGCCGUAAAGGCGCGCGGGAACAUGGGGUAGUACGCUGCGUUGGCAGGCGUGCUGGCCGGCGUGGAGAGCCGCCCGGGCUCUAUCAAGGGGCUGGUGUACUCCAGCAACUUCCAGAACGUGAAGCAGCUGUACGCGCUGGUGUGCGAAACGCAGCGCUACUCCGCCGUGCUGGAUGCCGUGAUCUCCAGCGCCGGCCUCCUCAGUGCGAAGAAGCUGCAGCCGCACCUGGCCAAGGGUAGGGGCGGGGCGGGGAAGUGAACCCCGACGGUCAGCGCUUUGUCAUCUGGUCUCAGCUCUGCUGCCGUGCACGGCGGGACUGGAGCAAGUCGCUCAUCUGAAAUGAGUAUGAGCCGACCUUCCCUGGUUUACGAAUUAAGAUGGGAUGAAAAUGCUUUAACUUUGAGUGUUUUGAAGGAUUAAAUAACCGAAGUACAAAGUGGUAGUGGCGGAGACUGUAAGGAAGUCGGGCGUGGCGGCGCGCACCUGUGGUCCCAGCUACUCGGGAGGCUGAGGGGGGAGGAUCACUUGAGCCCAGGAGGUCGAAGCUGCAGUGAGCUAUGAUCUGGCCACUGCACUUCAGCCUGGGCGACAGAGCUAGACCCCAUUCUAAAAAGAAAACCCAAACCCACGAAAGGGUAAUGUUGGCAAGAAGUUGGGUGCAGAGGUCUACUGGUGAACAUCGGUGGAGAAAGGGUCUAAGGCUGGGAAGCAAGACGCCGGGUUCCGAUCCUGUUCUGUAGUUAAUUUCUGGUGUGAUCUUGGAUAAGGUAUCCCACCUGUAUCUUGUCAGGUGAUCUGUUUAGCCAUUCCAUUGCCGGGGCUCCAUUAGAGUUAGUUCUAAGGCAUUCAUGCUUCAUGUUUAGGGCGUUUUUGUUUUUGUUCCCUCAUUCCCAGGUGCUAGUGUAUGAGUUGUUGUUGGGAAAGGGCUUUCGAGGGGGUGGGGGCCGAUGGAAGGCUCUGUUGGGCCGGCACCAGGCGAGGCUCAAGGCUGAGUUGGCUCGGCUCAAGGUUCAUCGGGGUGUGAGCCGGAAUGAGGACCUGUUGGAAGUGGGAUCCAGGCCUGGUCCAGCCUCCCAGCUGCCUCGAUUUGUGCGUGUGAACACUCUCAAGACCUGCUCCGAUGAUGUAGUUGAUUAUUUCAAGAGACAAGGUUUCUCCUAUCAGGGUCGGGCUUCCAGGCUGGAUGGAGUGCCCUGGCGCGAUCUCAGCUCACCGCAACCUCUGCCUCCUGGGUUCAAGCGAUUCUCCUGCCUCAGCCUCCUGAGUAGCUGGGAUUAUGAAGGGGUGGCCUGCCCCUCCACAUCUGUGGGAUAUCUCAUCAGCCUCGAUGACUUACGAGCCCUCAAGGGGAAGCAUUUUCUCCUGGACUCCUUGAUGCCGGAGCUGCUGGUGUUUCCCGCCCAGACAGAUCUGCAUGAACACCCACUGUACCGGGCUGGACACCUCAUUCUGCAGGACAGGGCCAGCUGUCUCCCAGCCAUGCUGCUGGACCCCCCGCCAGGCUCCCAUGUCAUCGAUGCCUGUGCCGCCCCAGGCAAUAAGACCAGUCACUUGGCUGCUCUUCUGAAGAACCAAGGGAAGAUCUUUGCCUUUGACCUGGAUGCCAAGCGGCUGGCAUCCAUGGCCACGCUGCUGGCCCGGGCUGGCGUCUCUUGCUGUGAGCUGGCUGAGGAGGACUUCCGGGCGGUCUCCCCCUCGGAUCCGCGCUACCGUGAGGUCCACUACAUCCUGCUGGAUCCUUCCUGCAGUGGCUCGGGUAUGCCGAGCAGACAGCUGGAGGAGCCCGGGGCAGGGACACCUAGCCCGGUGUGUCUGCAUGCCCUGGCAGGGUUCCAGCAGCGAGCCCUGUGCCACGCGCUCACUUUCCCUUCCCUGCAGCGGCUCGUCUACUCCACGUGCUCCCUCUGCCAGGAGGAGAAUGAAGAUGUGGUGCAAGAUGCGCUGCAGCAGAACCCGGGCGCCUUCAGGCUAGCUCCCGCCCUGCCUGCCUGGCCCCACCGAGGCCUGAGCACGUUCCCGGGUGCCGAGCACUGCCUCCGGGCCUCCCCUGAGACCACGCUCAGCGGUGGCUUCGUUGGUGUAAUUGAACGGGUCGAGGUGCGUGAGUGGGGGCGUGCUUGGGAGGCGCAGGAUGGCACCGGCACAUCUAACAUCUACACUUCUCUAGCUCAGCCUCACAGGCCAAAGCAUCAGCACCAGAACGCACACCCAGCCCAGCCCCAAAGAGAAAGAAGAGACAGCAAAGAGCCGCAGCCGGUGCUUGCACCCCGCCUUGCACAUAGCAGAGGCUCCAGGCUGACUCCUUCCUGGUGGGAAAGGAAGAUGCCUGUCUUCUCCGUGGAGGACCCUGGGCCCUCACCGCAGGCAGCAGUUUGGGUUUUGAAAGGUUAUUGGGUCCCUUCCUCGGGCUGUGUUCUUACUGGUGAGCAAAGUGUUGCCUGCAAAAAUAAAAUGCAGAACGUACUCUACGAUAGAUCACAGUUUUUUAUUCUUAAUGUCACAAGCAGGAGAAAAAUCUCACAUUCAUACUAAAAAUUCCAACUAGACUCAACAGGAAUGAAGUCUCUAUUUGUAAUGGAAAGUCCCAGCCUCCCGCUGCCGUCCAGUGCGUGUACUGUACACAUCCACACUCACACUCACUCAGGGUUCCCGGACUGGCUGUCCUGCCUGCGGAACUGAGGUAAACUAGCUCAGGUACUGACACUAGGAGGGUCUACCUUACGUAAGGUACAGGUAGAAGCUUGAUUGCUAGGCCCAGGCCCACCCUGACCCUCCAAUCCUAACAGGUAUUUAGGCUUGAGGUUCACUCCCUCCUCAGCUGCACACGCAGCCAGGUAUAACACUCGCCCUCAGUCACUACGGGGAGGGGGCACCGGUUACAUCCACAUCACAUUAUUUAUAAAAUAAGAAUUACAUUUCAUAUAACAUGGCCAGAAGGAGCUCUAGUCCCCCAGGAAAGCUGCCGGGGACAGCAUUUGAGCCUCUUGGCACAGGCAUAACUUAACUAUACAGCUAAUUCCUAGUUAAUAGCAUUUAUACUUAACCACCUCAAUGAACCAAGCUUGAAGGAAUUUAAAAGGCAAUUUAGCUUAAAUACAAAAAUAAAUUUUUGUUAAAAAACA